AUGUCGCUCGUCCACAUAUCGUCAAAAGAGCAGUUUAGCUCGUUGUUGACGAGCUCGACUAUUGUCGUGACUGACUUUUACGCAGAUUGGUGUGGACCAUGUAAAGCCAUCGCACCCAUGUACGAGCAGUUGGCCAACCAAUUAUCGCGACCGAAUCAGAUUACAUUCACCAAAGUCAAUGUCGAUCAACAGCAGGAUAUUGCAAAAGCAUACGGCGUUACUGCUAUGCCCACAUUCGUAAUGUUCAAACGCGGCCGCGUCGUAACAACCAUCCGCGGUGCCGAUCCCAACAAACUCUCAGAAGCAAUCCGCAAACUCGCCACGGAAGCCAACAACAUGGAAUCAUCAACAGGCGGCGAGUCCAGCGAUGCAGCAGGAAGCUCAGGCUCGUCAUGGACAGGCGCUUCUCUCCCCCGCGGCUACGCUGAUGUCACGGACACGGUAACCAUCAAGGAUCUCGACAUGGCGAACCGGGACAGCGAAAAGGGUAGCGCAAAAGUCAUAUUCGAUAAAUCGAAACCGUCCGCUUUGGAUAAUAACAAAGGAAAGGACAAAGAACCGGAUUGGGUUGAGAGCGAUACCGAUGAACAACUCAUGUUGUACAUUCCGUUCAACUCGACGUUGAAAGUACAUUCGUUACAGAUUACGUCUCUGCCACCCAAGGACAGUGAAGGAGAAGAUGAUGAUGAUGAGGUACCAAUGAGACCCAAAACACUACGAUUGUACACCAAUAGAUCGACGAUCCUCGGCUUUGAGGAGGCAGAAGACAUUGAUCCCGUGCAGAGCGUAACCAUUGAACCAGAACAGUGGGAUGACAAGACCGGCACGGCUAAAGUGGAAUUACGAUUCGUCAAAUUCCAAAAGGUGAAUUCAAUGGUUAUUUUCUUUGUGGAUGGCGAUGGAGAUGGAGAGAAGAUUCGUGUUGAUCGGAUACGGAUUAUUGGAGAGGCAGGGCAGGCAAGAGAAAUGGGUAAAUUGGAGAAGAUUGGUGAUGAGGCUGGUGAAUAAAUCCCUCUUAUGACUUAAGACAAGAACUAUCAAAAUACACAUUUUUUAUUCAACAAAACUCCCAUCGAAACCUAUCCAAUCACACCGGAGGUGUAAUUGUAGAGAAGUAUGUCCGAUCCCAAACCAAAUGGUCAC